UUUGUAUUCGGCUAUGUGAGUGUAGUUGUGUAAAUAAGCCAUCGUAGAUAAAGAAACGGAUUUGUUUGUUUUGAGAUGAAAGUACCCUGUCAACCGUUCGGAAAUAUUGGCCAUCAUUUGCAUUCUGUCAGUAAGGCGACAGGAAAAGUGAAAGGUUUUUGUUGGACAGUUGCUAAACUGUCCCGUUUACGGAUGAUUUUGACAACCAUUGGCUACAAACUGUGGGCAUUUGAAGUUUCCUUUUAAUCGAAUUAUUUGGCUGGUUCAACUUGACGAGUUUGUUUAACAGCUGACUUACGCCAGGAGACGCCGAAAUGUUAUGGAAGCUCGUUGGUGACCUGAGACAAACAAGAUGACUUCAUCUUGUUUUUAGUACUGUGACAAGCAAAGCAUUUUGCCACACGUUACGUGUUACAUUGUACUUAUUAUUUGUCGUUUAUAUCGUUAAUUACAGUUUGAUACGUGCAGAGCAGCUGUUUAUGUCAAAUUCCAGCGUUCAUGAAGUUAUGUGUUUUGCCGAACAUACACCAACAAAAUUUUACAUGACACAAUGCUAUGUAGAGAAUGAAACAUUGUGAAGGCAGUUCAAAAGUUGAAACUUUGUUGCUUAAACUUGUUUUCAUGCUUCCAAGCCAUUGUGAAUAAAAUGGCAGAUAGUGAAGUACUUCAAGGGGAAGCCAAGAGUGUUCAAAGUAACACUGUUACAGUACUGGUCGAAACACCGGUCAUCAUUACGGAGGAGGCCAACGAAAGCGAUGGAAAAUCUCGUACAUCGUCGAUCGCCUGGUCGUCUUCUCCGAGUUUGAAUCAAAGAAGUGCGGAAAAGUUUCGAAGUUUAAAACGGCGAUCAUCAGUGGAAAAUUUUGGACAAUUUGGCUUCUUGGUUCCUGCUCUGUCUCUUGUUCCUCAUGCUGACGGGGCUGAUGCUCUCACCCAGCAGUUUGGUGAUCUUCAAGGUAGUCACAGAGAACUAAAACUAGCCUCAGCUCACAUUGAUGAUGCACUCAAGGGAAGAGGAAGCUAUGGGAAAGCUCGUUCAUACUUUAAACCAAGGCUUGCACAAAGAUGCUUUGAUAUUUUGGACAAUCCCUGGUUUCGUUACCUUAUCAUCUGGAAUUCCCUACUACAUUCCUUUCUUAUCUUCUUUGAACCUCCAACCAUUCAAGUGUCAAGAGUUCAUCCAUUUGUCUACGUUUUGAAUAUGUCCUGUAUUAUGCUGUUCAUGUUUGAUCUUGUGGUGCACAUUAUCUUUUUGACGUGGCCUGUGUUCUGGUCAAGACGCACCGAAGGAGGCUGGUGGAAUGGGGUUGAAUUUGUACUAGUUUGCUGUUUCACUGCGGAUUUUGUGUUGCUGGUAAUAUCCAGGUUUUUAGGAAAGUAUAUACCACCCAUUUUUAGAUCUUUCAGAUUAGCACUUAUUUUGUGUAAAGUGAAGAAUAUUCAACAUAUUUUUAAUGUAUUAAUGACAAUUGGUUUCAAGCUUUCAAAGUUAUUUUUUAUAAUUCUAGUAUUUGUUCUAAUGUGUGCCUGUAUUGGAGUUCACAUUCUUAUGGAUGCUUAUCAGUGCAAUGGUCCUUUGGAUAAUUCAUCGUCUACAACUUUCCAUCACGGGAAAAGAGUUCCGUGUUAUGUACGGAGUGAAGAAAAAGUGUACCAUGGGGCUUUUGAUGAUGUGGCAUAUGGAAUGCUGAGAUUGUUUGUUCUGCUAUCAACUGAAAAUUUCCCGGAGGUGAUGCUUCCAGCCCUUAGAGUGGAAUCAGCAUAUUUUGUUUAUUUUGGGCUGUUUGUAUUUGUUGGUGUGUUCUUCCUCACAGCAAUCCUACUGGCAAUUGUGGUGGACAGCUAUUGGGUUUAUUCCAAAAAGCAUGUUAAGAAAGAACGUUCCAGAGAGAGAGCUGAACUGGCAAAAGCUUGGAAUCUUUUGGAUCCUCUUGGAAGGGGAACGCUGAGUCUUGAUGAUGAAAAAUUUACUUUGCUGUUUCACCUCUUGAAGCCAAAGAACUCAGAGGCAGAGAAUUUAGUUCUGAUUGAAAUGUUAGAUGCCAAUGGGGAUGGCGAAGUAGAUUCUUUUGAAUGGACAACUAUGUUGAGCAAGGUUUUAAGUCUUGAAUUUGAGGAUGAUGACGACCUCCUGUUACUAGAUGAGACGCCAGGUCUAUCAAAGUGGAUGAUCAGUAUUCGAGAAAGUGCCAAGUCCCUUUCUGAGAGUAUAUUAUUUUCGCGUUUCAUCUUAUUCCUCAUCAUUGUACACUGCAUUCUGUUUGCUUUUAAAUGGAAAGGACAAAAUCAGCAGAUUGAAUUCAUAGUACAAGUAUUUAGAGGUGUUAUUGUUACAACAUUCUUGUUUGAAGGUGGCACACGACUUGUAGCUUUAGGAAGACGAAUAUUACAACCUCACGAGAUCGUGGACCUUUUCUUGGUCGUGUUAGCUUUCUGUUCAAACUUUGUUUGGUACACCAACUACCCAGAAUUCUUCUGGUUCAGAGAUUAUGCGACAACAAUUUCCAGCCUAGCUGUGUUUUGUCGCCUUCCAUUCAACAACAGUCAGCUCAACCAAGCUGUUUCUAUCUUCUUUAGGAUCGCGCCAGUAAUGGUGGAUCUUCUGUGUCUUUUAGGAAUAAUUUUGUUUCUGUUAGCGAGCGUGGGAAUGGAGUUGUUUCAUGGCGCGAGCGAGACGAGCGAGGGCCACAUGUAUCUUCCUGCCUGCGGUUUAGGAUUCCAAACAUUUUGGUGCGCAUGUCUAAUCUUGUUCCAGAUGGUAACCACGAGUAACUGGCAUGAAAUCAUGAACUCGGUGAUGGAAGCCACUAAAUCGAAGUGGACUAGUUUGUAUUUUGUUGCGGCCUACAUCGUGGUCAACAUGGUGAUCAUGAAGUUUCAAUGA